GUUUAUAAUUAGUAAAUGCUGUAGUUGCCCAUUAACAUGUUAGCAUGCUAGUUUUAGCAUUCAGCUCAUGUUAGCAUGCUAGUUUUAGCAUUCAGCUCAGAGCAUUAUGUAACAGUUGCUAGCUUUGACCAGUUUGAAGUUAUUUCCUGCCCCAAAAAUUGGUUAGCUAGAUUAGCAUUAAAUACAGAUUCCUCCUUCAUCACAUUAAUGCUCGUUUGAUUGACCGGUUUAGAGCUUUUUCCCCUACAUGAAUUAUUUCCUUGUAAGUCUCACUGCAUACUUUUUUACAGUAAUAAAGCUAAACUAGUGGUCAGUGGUCAGCUCUCCCAAAGGAACAAACAAGUUAUUGCUGCACCUCAUGGACCUUAAUACAAGCUUCCUCACUGCAUUACAGCAAAAGUAAUUUGUGCCAAGGCAGCCUGGUGCUAUAAUCCCCAGCAGUAGAAGGCAGAGGGGGGCAGGCUAACGUGAUUUCCUGGCUGUGGCCUAGACGGGACUCAGACCUGUAUUAUCUGGCCAUCAGAGAGACUUAGCUUCAACUGUAAUAUCUGUGUGGAGAGCAGGAAAUGGCCUUUGUGUUGCUGGCCAAUAUGGCCUGCGGAGAGGAAGCGAGGAAACAUGCACUGUGCCGUGCCGGCCCAUUGCAGCAGUGUUGUAGAGGAGUGGGGGUGUCGUUUGUUGUAAAGCCUUCCCUCCUUCACUAACAGUUCCCACAGGUGAGUUUCAUUAAAAAAGUGUCUCUCAUUUGUCUCCAUUUAUUUUUUUAACCUUAUAUUUGAUUAUGUAAGAGAACUGUGUUGCAGCACAGAGCUGCUUCUGAGUUUAAAAGAUUAAAGCAAACUCUAAGGAGGAAGUGUUUUGCAGGAUGGCGUGCUCACUCUUUUUCAUGCUAGCAGGUUUAAUGGAAAAUCGGAGCAGAGCUGAAGCAUUGUAGCUCACGGGGUUGAACAUCUGGGCUGCUGCAGCCGGAGGAGAGAGCAAGCUAGCACAUAAACAGAAAGUGUCAGGUCCACUGUACGUGCUCUCAUGUGUCGUACACUAGGACGGACGUUGACAAGCGAUUAUGACAAAGAUGUCCACGCUAAAAACACAGCGUCAGUCUCGAGUCUGUGCAGAUGGGCAGCUCCAGAGCCUCUACAGCCUGCUAAAGCUUCUUCCCAGUUUGUGUUGAAAAAGAAGAGACUCCUUUUUAGACAUAUUGAUAUUUGAGAUAUUUGUAGAAAAACUGGCGCAUUUCAGCCUCCUCCUCCCUCCUGAUGCUGGUAAAGCCAUGCAGAAACAAUGCUCAUUGACCUCAUGUUGGCCUGUUCUGUUGCCCCUGAACUUAAUUGUUUUGAUAUGUCUUUGCACGCUAUAUAACUGUGUAAUUUGAGAUCCAAAGAGAUCUCAAGAUAACCUUGUAAUGCAAUUGUGCACAGUCCUCAAAAUAUUAUCAGCAAGCCACUGACUGCACCUUUCCAGCUCUGUUCAGCUCCGUGUUGUGCCUAAACGCACACCAGUCGCUGAAACGAUACCCUCUUUUUUGUGUUUUUGGAUUUCAUCCCUCCGAGCUUUUGAAACUCUGUUAUCCGGGCGCAGCGAUGGCCGUGGGGGACAUGGCCAAGCGUAGGCAUGUGUGUGGGAAGUGAGCAGGCAGGCAGGCUGUCACUUAGCAUUACAGCACUUUCCACGCUCCCCAUGGGUGGCAUGAGGAGAGUGGAAAGUGAUAAGACAAGAGAGAAAGAAGAGUAAGGAGGAAGAACAGGACUGAAGCAAAUGAUAUACAGCAGCCCACACGCGCUCAGCCCCAGCAGCCCUGAGUCAAGGAAACUUGCUGUUUGUUUUUCUUCUGAUUAGACCGACUGCUGAAGACAAGCCCUCCGUACGUCACUGCUGACCUAAAAAUGCAGAGGAAGGGGUUAAAAAAUCACACAUAAUGUUCCUGUGGUGGGCUGUGGAUCAGUAAAUGAUGGCAAAACUGUGACAGCACUGUGUUGAAAUACAAGUUUAUAUAAAAUAGACAUAAAUGUUACUGUACGACUAUCACUGCAGGACAAACUGUAGUCGUAAUGUCCCACUUUCAUUGCUUAAUAGUGCAGACGUCCUCAGUGGCUAAUAAAAAAAGGACAAAUUAGCUGUUAGUUAAUUUGAUAGGUUCAUGUUAAAUGAUGGUUUCUCUUCUGUAGUCGUGCAUCAAAUUUGUCAUGCAGGAAAAAUCAGUGACAUUACCUGCUUUGUUUGUUUGCAGGCCAACUGUGCCUGCACGCAUGCAGAGAUGCUGUCUCCUAAAUGUCAGCUGUUUAAAGAUAUGCAAAUGUCUCGUCUUAGUGCUCUCGUCAGUCCUCGUCUUAGUGCUCAAUAACCUAUUCACAGACAGAUGCAGGGAAAUACGGCUCUGUGUUCUGUAUCCACGAUCAGCAUGGGCCCUUCUUUACGCCCCUUUGUGUAGUAAGCACAGAGUAGAACCGCUGUAUUGACUAUAUCGAUCUUUUACCAAUCUGUUCCUGCUUCACUGUUGUAAGCAUGACGUGUGAAAGAGUCGGUCCGUCCUCCGUGAUGUCCCACGAUGGCAUUAGAUGCUGCCCCCCCCAUGCUGGCACAAACCUUGAACAAAGGGAGAUUAUGUUUCCAUGGAUGCUGACGCAGUGGCACUCCUGCGUCUGAUUACUUUUGUUUAUAACCCACUGCUGUCCCAUGACAGGGGUUGCCUCAGUUUACCUCGGGAGCUGCCAAAUUUGGAUAAACCCUGUGGGAUACAGGAGCCCAUUGUAGUUUCAAACCAUCGUCAAAAGUGACAUGAUUAUAUACACAGCAGCAGCACUGUGUGGAUGGGAUAUGGGCCCUGUGCGCCAGCGGGAGUGGCAGAAUGUAAACAUUGACUGGGUGGCCCGUUCCCAGUCUCAAGUUGAGGCUAAAACUGAACUACAUAACUUCAAGUGAAAGCUGAGUUUGCUUUGUGUCUGCAUGAUGCAGUAUUAACUGCUGGUUUAAUUUCAAAAUUAAAUAUAUGAAUGGGUGGACGAGAGAUCCAACCACAACCAGGACAGGUUGUCUCUCUGUGACAGACUGGCGACCUGUCCAGGCUGUACGAUGCAUGCAGGGCACAGAAAGAGACAGACAACCAUUCACACUCUCGGGCACUUUAGGAUCACCAGUUAAACCCCUAACCUCGCUAACUGCACGAGUACCCGGAGAGAACCCACACAAACACAGGGAGAACAUGCAAACGACACACAGCCAGAUGGUGGAUUCAAACUCGCAACCCUGUUUGCUGCAAGACAGCAAUGCUAACCACCUUAGAGAGAUAUUUUAUAUCAUGUAAAGUUGAAUCAGGAAGCACAGAAGAAGAAUUCAUGGAAAUCAAAUCAGUACCGGAAUACAUGGAAUGUCCCAGUAGUUGGAAUUUGAUGAAACAGGAAUACUAGAUAAGCCGCUAACGGCAAUCUUUGCUACAAUCCUUGUAAAUAUUUGAAGCGCUCAUGCAGAGGGAGUUUUGCCCAAUCUGAUCUCAGCAUAAAUACAUUUGACGUAGCAUUUAGGGGGUGCAUUUGUUCAGCUGUCAGAGUGCAUUUGGCCCAGGGGAGCUCUGAACCUUUGGAGUCAGACUAGCAUCGGGCUGAUUUCUGUAGAAAUAAUAAAGCAGACAGUGUUGGUUUACAGAGGGCAGAGAAACGUAAGAUUGAAAUAGAUACAGAAGGGGGUUAAAUGAGGUCGGAAUGAAAGAGUUUACCGGUGCAUAAAAGAGAGCAAUGGGAAGCACGGAGAAGGUGAUUUGAGUGAGCACAGGGCUCGAGAAAGGGGAAACAUAAAAAGAGUAAGUGAGGCAGAGAAAGUGAGCACAUAUGAUAGGCAGGAAGAAAGAAAGGAAAGAGGGAGAGGGAAGUGCGGGAGGUUGGUGCUGCAGCGUGUAGAGUUAGCCCACUUAGAAGUAAAACAUCUCUCUGCUGCGCCUCUGCUGGCAUCUGCCACCACUGAACACAGCUGAAGCCCAUCUGAGGAGCUCCUCUGUCAGCCUUCCAAACCCGACAUGAGACACACGGCACGCCGCGGCACGAAGACGAAGGAGUGAAGCAAACGGGAGCUGGCUCCGGGGCUUGAAGUGAGAGAAAGGAGCAGCACAAAGACCAACGGGAUAAAGGAGCAGAAACGUCCGUGUCAUUAGGCUGCACGCUGAUCAUCAGUCAUUCCUCACGCACUGAAUCAGUCAGGAGCAGAAGAGACAACGAUGAUCAAGUCCAGCUGGUUCUAUGUCAAGUUCAAGUACAAUGAGAAGCUGAAGCCAGGGCAGAACAACUGUAAGGACAGCGACAGUGAGAGUGUAAGCGAAGAGUCCAAGCCUUCCUUCAGGAGCAGCUCCAGAGACAGACUGACAGACUGCGACACUGAGAGUGACCAGGACGGCAAGGUCUCCGAUGCCAGCUCCGAGAAAUUUUUCAGCACAGCUGCAGUUAAAGUUCCAGAUUUUGGCAUCGAUGUGCUCUCCACCAAUGGCAGCCAGGAGCCUCACGGCCCAGGCCUCCUCAAGGUGUCAGGCCUAGAACGCAGUCAAGAGAGGAGCCAGGAGAGUUGCAGAGACAGCCAGCUGCCUGUACCCAGCACCCCCAAUCCACCUUUGUCCCCCCCAACCCUCCCCGUGUCACUGCCCCAGCCAUCCAUCCCCCAGACCCCGUCCCCUCUUCGAACCCAGCCAAACGGGCCCACUCAGCCUUCAAACCACCUGCCCCCACGCUCAGAGGCUCUUCCCAGGCCUCAGUCACCCGCAGCCCUGCCUCUUGCCCAGGGCCAAGAGCCCUCACCAACCCCCCCUCCCCGGCACCAGCACCAGCCUGAAGUGCUAUCCCACCCGAGGCCUCCACCUACACCUAGCCUUCACCCACACCCACCAUCUCCCGCCCUUCCGAACCACCACUCUCACCAGCAGCACCCCAUCCAGUCAGGGUCUCACCGGCCCCCAUCGCGCUGCCACCCCCGACCCCUUUCUGCCUACAACAGCCUCAGCCUCAACGGCCACAGCAGUAGCAGGAGCAGCACCCCAGGCACCAAGCCCCACGGACCCCCUACGCCCUCCCUGCACCUCCCCCACCACCCACCGCCUCCUCCGGCAGCCGCUGCAGCCUCCACUUUUCCCUUGGCCUUGCCCACUAACCAGAAUAACCCCCACAGCUUCCCGUCUGCCUUGCAGUCGUCUCCACACCCACACCACCCCAAUAUGUUUGCUCCUCCAGCAGCCUUGCCUCCACCGCCACCAUUGACGUCUAGCACCCUGCCAGUACCCGGACAUCCUGCUGCUGGGAGUGCCUACUCAGAGCAAGACCUUCUGCGCCAAGAGCUCAACACCCGUUUCCUGGCGUCCCAGAGCGCCGACCGCGGUGCCUCGCUUGGCCCCCCGCCCUACCUGCGCACUGAGUUCCACCAGCAUCAGCACCAGCAUCAGCACCAACACACCCACCAGCACACCCACCAGCACACCUUCACGCCCUUCCCACACGCCAUCAUGCCCACCCCAGCACCGCCCAUGGUGCGUACCCCUGCCAGAAAUUUUGACAAAUAUCCAACAAAAGUCGACCCCUUCUACAGACACAGUCUCUUCCACUCCUACCCUCCAGCCAUGUCUGGCCUUCCCCCUGUCAUCCCCCCAACCGGGCCCUUCAGCUCGCUGCAGGGGGCCUUUCAGCCCAAGACCUCUAAUCCACUGGAUGUUUCCGCAAGACCCGGAGCCGUCCCACACACGUUCUUACAGAAGGACCCCAGGCUAACGGAUCCGUUUCGGCCGAUUCUCAGGAAACCGGGGAAGUGGUGUGCCAUGCAUGUCCAUAUUGCCUGGCAGAUAUACCACCACCAACAGAAAGUAAAGCAGCAGAUGCAGGUCGACCCUCACAAGCUAGACUUCGGCCUCAAGCCCGAGUUUCUGAGUCGACCCCCGGGCCCCAGCCUCUUUGGUGCUAUCCACCACCCCGGCGACUUGGCGCGGCCCGCCACGCUUUUCUCCGCUGCAGGUCCUACGCACCCAUCUGCAGCUCCCUUUGGCCAUCCACCGCACCAUCCUGGAAACUUUCUUCCUCCAGCAUCUCAUUUAGAGCCUUUCAGUAGGCCUCCAUCGUUUGGAGGACUGGGAUCUCUCAGCUCGUCGGCCUUCGGGGGAUUGGGCAAUCCAGCACUAAAAUCCCUAACAGGGGCCAACUCGGUGUUUGGCCACAAAGAUGGCCCAAACGUGCCACAGCACUUCAACAGCAGCAGUAACAACAGCCACCAGGAGCCGUGGAACCGCCUGCAUCGCACGCCACCUUCGUUCCCCACGCCGCCACCCUGGCUGAAACCCGGAGAGUCUGAGAGGAGCGCGUCGGUGAGCUCACACGAGAGGGACCGAGACUCUGACAAACGGGACUCGUUGGUCAGUAAAGAGGACAAGGACAGGGACUCUGUUGAAAAGCGUCAUCCCAGCCAUCCGUCCCCGGUCCCCGUCAAUCCAAUCAGCCUUCUUAGCCACAGCCGACCUCCUGAGCACCACAGGAACCACCUGCCACCUGCUUCUGGAGAGCCUCAGAGGGAGAAGGAGAACAAGGCCAAAGAGAGGGAAAGGGAGCACUCGGAUUCAUGGAAAGACAACGGCACAGACGACCACAAGCUCAAGGACAGCCAGCACAGUGACAAGGACACGCCUGUCAUCCAUGACGGCCGAGCGUCGGAGGACAAAAUGUCAAACAGAGGAUCGGCGUCACCCUAUGUCCGGCAGACCAGCUUGGAACGUCCCAACGGUGGCCUGACAAGGGAUGUCCUGGAGAAGAAGGCGGAGCUGCCAUACGAGCACCAGAAGAAGAGCAGUGAGGUGAAAGUAAAGGAGGAGAGGAAGGAGGAGCAGGAUGGAGGCGCAGAGAGGGCCAGUGAGCACCUGCAACAGGCGUCCUCCACCCCUAAUCUCCACCCUCCCUCCUCAGUGCCUGUGUCCAUGGGCAUGCCCGUUGUCCACCCCAUCAACAGCAUCAGCAGCCUAGAGAGAACUCGAGUCGUGGCGCCCUUUAUGGGUAUCAGUCCCAUCCCAGGAGCUGACAGAUUCCCCUACCCUCCCUUCCACUGGGACCCAAUGAGAGACCCCUACAGGGGCCUGGACAUUCACAGGCGAGACCCUUUGGCCAGGGACCUGCUGCUGAGGAACGAUCCUCUGCACCGGUUGGCAGGGCCGCGCCUGUACGAGGCAGAGCGCUCCUACAGGGACCGCGAGCCUCACGACUUUAAUCGCGACCACGCCCACCCCCUGGCCCUGGAGCAGAGGAGGGAACAGGAGCGCGCCCAACUGGAGGAGCGCGAUCGCCUCAACAUGCUCCGAGAGGACUACGAGCACGGGCGCCUCCACCCCGCGGUGCACCAUCCCGCCCUCGACGGACACCUCCCCCACCCUGCCCCGGGCCUCAUGGCCCCCGGACUCGCUGGCAUGCACUACUCCAGGGUGAGUCCCUCAGCCGCAGCGGCAGCAGCUGCCGCCGCCGCAGCCGCAGCCACCGCCCAUCAGAAUGGUAUCCUGAACAAAACGCCACCCACCGCAUCUCUGAGUGCACCGCCCCCACUCAUUCCCACACUGGGCGCCCGGCCCGGCUCGCCCAGACGGACUACUCCCCUGGGCACAGAUAUCAGAGACAGACCGGCUCACAAAGACAUCGAGGCGCGGUGAGGCGAGCAGACGCGGUGGCCCUGCAGCCCUGUGCCUCACCAACACUGAACUCACAACCAAGCACUUAGCUUUGGCAAAGCAAGACUGUAACAUAGCUGUGAAUAAUUUAUGUGGGCACACAGAUGCCCAUGCAAUGAAUCGUUUUUGUAUAAAACUACAAAGAGACAAUAAUCAUGGAACAAAAAAAAGCUUUUUUUCAGAGAUUUUGUUUUCCCGUUUUGCUCCAGCUUUCCGUGUGCAUUCUUUCUCUUGUAUAGAAAAGUGAUGUGGAGUCAGAAUGAGCAACUUUGGAUUGUACAGGUACUUUAGCACUGAGUGUGUAGAUAAUGUGUACAGUCGCUGUGCUCGCCCUGUACGGAUUCAAAUUCAUGGUACAAAUAUGCAAAAGAGUGUUUCGAAAGCUUUACUUUGACAGAUGUAAAUACAGGAGUAUGAUUCAGAAUGUGCUUUUUGCAAUUUCUUUAUCGUUUGGUUGACGCAGGUGAUUCGCAUUGUACCAGAUCCCCAGAUUCAACUAUGCAACAAAUGUCUCGGUUCCCUUUCUGAAAGCUGGCCUUCAACACUACUGACUGCGUGCCACUGUGUACCAUUCAAGGACUGUAUUCUCUCCACAACGCAGACUUGACAUUAACUUUGCGUCCGUGCUGACAGAUGCAGCUUUAACUGAUCCGCACAGGGUUUCAGAUUUAACAAAAACAAAAUGAUUUUUGUCUUAGAAUAAUCUGUGGUGACAAUCCCAUUGAACUGAAUAUUAAAUUGUGAUGUAAAAAGCCAGCAGCACAAAUGUGUGGAUGGAUUUUUUUGUUGUCCUCUUGGUUAACACCAGUCUUGUUCUGGGGAGAAUGCAGCGCAUUAAACACCAUGAUGGCACAUUAGCCCUAGCGGAGGAGUGUAAAGUACAUGUUUCUGUUGGUCAAACAGUGUAUUAAAGUGCUUUCCUAAGUUGUUGUACCUACAAAAUCAAAAUACAAAAAAAGCAAGUCUCAACCAUGGACGGUUUGUUUCUAACAAGCAGAGAUCUAUUUUAGUAGUCCACUGAAGGUUUAGUUGUGCGCUUCAAACUCUGUGAUAUCAUGUCGUGCAGUGUUUUUUAAUCCAACAUGAAAUUGUCCACCCGAGCCAUAGUGGUUAGUCGAUACGUAUCGCAAAAAGAUUGUUCAACGAGAAACCUUUUGCUGUUUACCGUGUACAGGGGAAAAAACGAAGUCUUUCUAGAUCGUGUACAAUGAGAAAAAAUGAAGCGACUGAAUCUUCAGCAUGCUCCUCAUUUAAACUUGUGUUAUGUAAAUUGUGCCAUGUUAUUAAAAAAUGUGUACUAA